ACCUUGCCCAGUUUUCGCCGUACUGUAAAGUGCCGAAUUUUGGAGAUUUACAUGACCCUGUCACCGACCCUAGCUAUGUUGAAGGCAGCUUUCAGAUGCUUCAGGCUCUACUGUAUGCCGCCAGGAAUGGAAGCGAUGUUGUGCAGGACCUGUGCCAUGUUCUUUACAUGGCAGACAAAAGCAUUAACGCUGUCAAGCCCCAUCCUAUGAUUGCUUUCGCUAUUCAGAAGAUGCAUGGUUAUGGGUCAGAAUUAUUUGAAUACUUCUGCACAGGUUAUUCAGAGGAGUCUUUAAUGAAAAUGACCACAGCAAAUAUGACUGCAGCCCAGAUGGCUAACCCAGGAAAUUGUGAAGCAAACCAGGCUUCAUACUGUUUCGCAAUGUACACCACAUCCUUGACAUUGUACCAGUUCUUAUCUCUCGAUGACAAGAUGGCUGUGUGCAGUCAUGGUUAUGACCUACUUGUGGAUUGCAUCAAGAACAACACAAUCGGGUGUUCUGCAGAAAGAAAGGCUGUUUUUGAAAAAUCUAAGGAUGUAGCAAAAGUCUUUCAAGUCUCCUACUGUCCAAAGGACAAAAAUGCUGAAUACUACAUGAUGAAGAUGGACGGCUGUGCUCCUGAGACUGCCAAAUUCUGUCUGGAUUGGUAUGCAGAGGAGCUAACGACCAGAUCAGCCUAUCAUAUGGAGGACACCUGCUCGAUGGCUGGGGUAGCUGUUACUUGUAUGAUGCAGCAUACGGUCAACUGUACUAGUAACACAGACUUGUCAUCGGUACUAUCAGCGGCAAAACCAAUCAUGUCCAUGAUCGGACACAAAUGCAUGCAGAUGGCUUCACCUGAUGCAUGCAAGACUGUGGCAUAUCUAUCAGAUAUGCUUGUAGCAGAGCAGGCAUCAUGUGCAUUUGAAGAAGCUGUGGAGUGUGUGAACCUAUUCAAUGAUGCUAAACCAGUCCUGGAGAAAAUUCCAGAGAUGUUAUGCUAUGCUGGUCAUAAAGCAAUGGUGUGUGCAAUGGCUAACGGAUACGGCUGUACCGAUGCUCAGCAAUUGCAGCUGAAUACGUCUGUUCAGGCAGCUGCUACUUCUGUGAUGCCUGUAUGCGCCAACAUGACAUUUGAUGAAACUUCGAACCCAUGUAAUUUAACCUAUGCUAGUAGUCAAGUGGUAUGCAACACAAACUACCUGGGAUGUUUUGUAGGUUCCACAACAGCAGAGGAUGUAUGUGGGAAUGCAGCUACUAUAAAGGCCUGUAUCAGCCUACAUUUAAGAGGCUGUGAUACCAAUCUCGUGUACGAGUAUCAGAAUGAUGUGGCAGUCGCAAGAGAUAUGCUUGAGCUAUUGACCGGCCAGUCAUGUGACAUAGUACCUACAAUGCCCCCUGGUGUUGUUGCCCCCACCUAUACCAGGAACGGAACGUGCCUGCGAGGAAUGGACAUUCAGACACAAUACCUAUAUAACCCUGAUGCCACGGAAAUGAACCUUUGCAGUGCCUGGCAUGCCAUUCACGACUGUUUGCUAGAAAAUAUUGACCAGAUGCCAGUCAUGUUAAGCUCCUAUAUGUCAAAGCUUGCCACGUCCAUCGCCGAACAACUGAAGAUGAGGUGUCUUGUUCUUGUUACAGAAAAUGUUGAGCUGCUCUAUGGAAAAGAAGAAAAGGUUGAUGACUGGGAUGCUAUCUGGAAUGUAUCCGGUUGUGACAUUCCUGCAGCGGGACUUUGCUUGGAAAACUUGGUUCAUGCCUCUAUGUACACUGGAUUGAGUACAUUACACGAUAAAGAAUAUUUCUGCGGAUCUUUCGUCACCGAUCAGCUCAUGUGUAUCCACAACAGCACCGCCUCUUGUCCAGCCCUUGUCAAGGCCCGAGCCAUGCGCAUCAUUGACUGGUCCUCCAGCAUCUCCACCAACCUUGGCGUUUGCUCCAUGGAGAUGCCACGGCGGUGUAAUCCUUAUGCAGCUGUUAAGUGUAUUGUAGACCUUUCCAGUGCAUUGCUUGCCUUUGGCGAUGGCCAGAAGACCAAUGCUCUCUGUGCAGCACUGAAGCCCGUGGAGAUGUGUGUCACACAAAACACCAAUGGAUGUUAUGAUGAUGCCCGACUUAGUGUGGAAUACACUUACGCCUCGUUAGCUGCUGUGGUCAUGAAGAAAUGUGAGAAUCCCAGACUGUACGUUGAGAGGAAGGAUUCCUGCGAAGCUGAGGGGGAAUGUCACUUUGACAGGAGUAAGCAUUGUCUGAUGGAGUUAGCUGAGAAAACUUGGAGUGUUGUAGAGGGCAGAGGAGACCGCAUGCACGUCUGCAGAGAGGCUGUUAGGUUGGGCGAGUGUGUCCAGAAAAACAUGAUGGGAUGUGAUGACAUGCACAAACAAGUCCUCAGUUUCCAUGGCGAUAUGAUCAAGUCAUUAGUCUCCUCUGUCUGUGAUGCAGGUGGUCAUGGAAUGGUACCGGAGCGCACUGACUCCCCGAAGAUGUGUGUAUCCCUAGCUGGACAGUGUAUGCAGGACUUCAUGAAAAUAACUUUGGGUGGAACCCUCACAGGAUCCUGUGGUCAAGCUCCUUCAACAGUAACUUGCCUGAUGACUGCUGUCAGAAGUGAUUGUCAUGAGCCCCAACGUGAAAUGAUAAAAAUGGCAAUGGACAAUAUUUCGGUGAUGUCAAAGCGAAUGUGUACUUACGACAGUUGUAACAUGGAGCUGGCCAAAGUUUGUGCUAGGGAGGCUACUUACCUUAUAACAGUAGCUGCUGAUCGUUUUAUGGAAUCUUCAUUAAUGUGCAGUGGCCUACACAUGAGCUUGGCCUGCGCGAAGAAUCACUUCAGACAUUGUGACAGAUCAACAGACCCAUUUAUGUCCAUGCAUCUGAGGGAGAUGGAGUCUAUUGCUAUGAAAUUAUGUGAGCACAGUCAGGAGACAGUCCUUGGUGCCUUGAGGAUACCCGAUACCCAGGGUCUCAUGGCCCUAGCUGCCAUGAUCACCAAUCCUUUAUCUACCAAAGAACAGAUCUGUCCACAAGCCCUGGCCAUUGAAUACGGGAUAUCACAGAUGGCCUUUACUCUCUCUGCUAACCAAUAUGAUGAAGUGAUUCAGGCAUUUUAUUUGCCAAACAAGAUAAUUGGGGAUAUGUGCCGUAGUGAGGAAGAAAGGCAACCCACUGGCGUUGUCGGACAGUGUGAUCAUCUGGCCGCAGUGGAAUGUCUCAAAGAGGCAAACCUUGUCGCAAGGAUUGGGGAGGCGGUCUUCUAUGGCUGGGAUGGUGCAUGCAUGUCGGUACAGAGGCUGAUGUGCUGUGUUACCCAGAAGAUGUCAACCUGUCAGUCUGUUAAACUUGGUCAUCAGAUCAUUGCUGACGCCGUAAACCUCGUCGGUGAUAAAUGUCCAAUGGAUGAAAUGUACAAAAGUUUCUUUGCCGAGUGUAAGAUGCCUGCUGUGGAAUCAUGUAAGGUAGCUGAUGCCAUUUCGUCCUGCUUCCCUGAAGUGACCGCUGCCAACCGAGGAAAUGUUUGCUCGAAUAUCUCCAUGAUUGCGGCAUGUGUGAAGAAGCAUGCGGGUGGGUGUUCCAGUAUACAGUCUAUACCGUUACAGUUCUACGCCAACAAAUUCUUCCAGUGGGUACAGCCUUGUAACACCCUUGUCGCCCUGGACUGGGGAAUCUUCUCUAAGAAGGAUGGACUGGAGAAGAUGGCAUCGUGCAAUUAUGAUUAUGUAGAGAAGCUUCAAGUUAUAUUGAAUUCUACACAGGACCUAAGAUACAGCUUCUGUGACCUUUCCAAACAAGCUGAAAUGUGCUAUUCUUCAUUCUAUUAUGAGAUUCCAGCUUAUGUUUCAUAUGUUUUGGAAUCAAAUGGAAGAACUUAUGGAAAAUUAACGGAAUAUUGCUAUGAUGUAAAAGAGAGAGAAGGUGAAUGUCCUAAGGUUGAGGGAGAUUUAAGCAUAUGUUUACAAGGCUGUGAAUCAGAUGGUGAUUGUGCUGGCCAAAUGAAAUGCUGCAAAAAUAACUGUGGAAAGACCUGCGUUAUGCCCACAGGUGUAACCCCAACACCACCAACAGUGGCAGAACCUGCUGGCUGUCGGUCAGACAAGGCUUCAGCUUGUGUAGCAACAUAUUGGUCUGGACUUGGUAGCGUGAGUAUGCUACCAUUGGACCAGAGAGGUAGAGUUUGUAGUCAAUACUGGGAUAUGAAGCAUUGUGUGAUGGAUGCACUGACUGAUUGCUCUCAAGAACGAAAGGAUACCUUCAUGGAAAUGGACAUGCUCAUCAAAUACCUGUAUGAAGAAUCUUGUGAAAAGUCUAUGAUUGAGACCCUCCUGGAGAAUGAUGGGCUUUGUGUACCAGAUGUGGCUGAAUACUGUAUAAAUGGCCUUGGUGAGAUGAUCUUCUAUGCACCAGCAGGCAGCGAGCGACAUGUUUGCAAGAAUUCUUACAAGAUAAUGCAGUGUGUACAGAGGUCUUUGGAGAGCUGUGCCGAGAAUGUCACCAUGAAAGUUAUAGAAUCAAUGAAACCUGUGAUGUCCAUGCUCGGAAACUCCUGCCCAUUGGCUACUGCCAUCAAAUGCAACAUGACAGCUUGGCGUGACAUUGUAACACAUGCUACCUGUAAUGAAACGGCAGUAUGGGAAGCAUUCGAUCACUUUGAAAAACUUGUUACCUAUGAAGGCAAAAAUAGUACUGCCAUAUGCAAGGCUUUUGAGGAUAUAUCUAUGUACACACAUAUGCAAAGUUUGUUGUGUGACGAGUCCAAAAUGACCAUGGCCAACCAGACGUGGACUCUGAUGAUGGCCACAUAUGGCAAGAAUUGUAAAGAGAGUGGCCAUAUGUCUCAGUGGUUCCAAGAUGCAAUGGAGAUGGGAGAAUCUUGUAUGAACCAGCCUACAUGCUCCAGUGAUUGGAGUAUGUGUUUCCCUGAAAUGAUGGAUUCCAGUCCCGAGGACAUCUGCAUGGACAAGGAAAAAAUAAUGAUGUGUGUGGACAAAUUACUUUCUGGUUGUGAUGAGAGCUACAGACAGAACUCUUUGCAAGGUUUACUGAUUGUCACAGGCAGUAUGAACCUAAGCUGCAAUAUUUGGGAUGCUGUCAAUGGUAAUAUGAGCUUUUGGAGAAGCCUGGUAAAUAUCACUGUAGAUCCCUGUCUUAUGAAUUUGAUGACAGGAGGUGGUGAGUGGCUACAUUCACACCUUAACUUCGAUAACAGUGGACUUUGCAAGCUGUUCCACAAUUUCACCGAAUGUACCGGAAAAUAUCUCGACUACCCUAUGCCUCCAGUUUACAAGGGAAUGUUCAAGCAAUUAGUCCAACAUACGAAAACUUACACAAAGAUCAGAUGUGAAAUCAAUGAGGCUCGUCGUGAUGUAUGGUGGGAAGACAUCAUGGACAUGCCUGGCAUGGACGAAUUAACCGACUAUAUCAAAAAUGAGAUGAAGAAGAACAACAUCUCUUAUGAUUCUGAGAAGGUUAUGCAUUAUUCACUUGAGUACAUCAUGACAACAUUCAAAAAUAUGCCUCAUAAUGCAAAAGAACCAGAGGGCUGUGCUAUUGACAUGGCUGAUGCCUGUAUGGUAGACAAUGUACUUGGUUCUGUCUAUAUCGGAUACAACACUCUCGGAAGUAGAAAGGCAGCCUGCAAGAGUGCUCAUGAAUCUUACGAAUGCGUAUUGAAGUCUACAAAGAGCUGUAAUUCUCUGACUCGAAUCCGCUACCUCCGAAUGUUAGAAUGGAUCGCCCGUCUGGGAAUGUCAAGUGGUGUUUGUCCCAUGGAAGAUAUGGGGAUGGGUAUGCACAGUGAGUGUGAUUAUGAUGAAGCCAUGGAAUGUCUGGGCCAUUUGAGUCAGUCCAUUGUUUAUCUACAUGCCGGAGAUUCCAGGGCAGCCCUUCUAUCACCGCUGGGACCAGCUCAGAUGUGCAUUGCCGAGAAGACGUGGACAUGUGAACCCCGCUUCAGGAAGAUGGUUGAGAACACAUAUAACGACCUGAAGAACAUCGCUGUUAGUGCAAGCAUGUCUCGUCCUAUGGAGACAAUGAGGAGCGAUGACAGGCAGAUGGACAUGGGUGAUAUGUGUCCUGAUGAAGAGGAUAUGAAGUCAGGACCGUGCGACAUAAAGUCAGCUAUGUACUGUGUGAACUACCUACAGAGGAAACUUGCAAACAUGGAUUCUAAUGAAGAAGCCUGCCAUGACAUGGCCACUGCACAUACGUGUGUGAAGCGUAACAUGAUGGGCUGCAGAUCUGAGGAGUCGAAAGGUGUGUGGGAGAUGAUGAAAGAUAUGUCAGAGAGGGUCUGGUGCCCAGCUCUCCAGUGUGACAUGUGCAGUGCUAGAUCAUGUGUGAGGGACCUACAUAGGGCUGUCAUGCACAAGAAAGCUUCAUGCCUUGAUGUAUGGAAGACCCAGGAAUGUGUGAAGAAAAACAUGGAGCACUGCGACGGGGAAAAGAUGCAUAAUGUUUCCAUGGAAAUGCAUAUGGUGAUGAAAAAUGUGACUGCCUCCGUUUGUGAAUUCCCAAAUGUGGAUAUCAAUGAUUGUACAGUAGGAUUUGCCCAGGUUGCUCACAAGAUCCUCGGAUUUGGGUUUGACUUUGAGGAUUUAAUGAUGUCAAAGGAUAUGGACGAUGAUUCAAUGGAUGACAAAACUGAUAUGAGUUACGAUGACAAGGACGAGAGGGAUGAUAAUAAGUAUGAGGAUGAUAAGAAUGUUACAAAACCUGUAACUCCUGUACAACCAACAGCACCUACCAAAAAUGAUACGAUGGGAGAUAAACCUGACAUGUUGAAUGGCAGACAGAUCCUGUUUUUGGAGAGGAUGUUCACCCUUGUAGGAGGAAUGAAGAGAGGAGAUGAUUGUAAGAUGGGAGCGAUGAAAGAUGAUGACAGUAUGGAGUCCAUGUGUCAUAUGGCGUUGAUGUCCUGGCACUGUGUUGAGUCGCACCUCAACGAGGUUCCCGAGGGAAUGCGAUCUAUUGCAAAAACAUCACUAAAUCUUCUAGGGGAGGCUAUUUCGGCAAAAUGUACAAAGGAGACUCAGAAGGAGCCAAUGAUGUGCUUCAGUUGCAAAGAUGCUCGCUCGAAUGAAGAGUGUAAUGCUCAACAGCCCCAGAAAUGCCAUGGAGACCGACAGUCAUGUUACACUGUGGUAGAUAAUGGCCGUAUCAGCAAGGGUUGUACCUACCGAGUGCCCCUCCAGCAGACCUCUGAAUGUGUGAAUUACGGCAGGAAGUGUAUGCAUAUCUGUGACAAGUCGCAGUGUAACUGGCAACAACACACUGCCCUCAUUGACCCACCAACCUGUAACAAGCGUGCUGCGACUUUGUGUGGUAUGACCCUUGUUAGUGAUAUGCUUCGUUCUUCACACCUCAAUUGUGGCAUGGCUAUGAAAGCUCUGAACUGUGUGAAACACUUCACCAAAGACUGUAUGUCUCACAAGGAGGCGAUGAUGAGUAAACAUGCAGAGAUGGCUCUCCAUAGUCCUGCCAUGAUGCGUUGCUAUGCCAAGGAUGAACCUUGUAAAUGUGGUUACUGCAGCACUGUGUCUUUGGCUCGCGUCCAGCACAACGUCUACCUCACCAGGGCCGAGAAAUGCAUGUGGGCCAAAACUUCACAAGAUGAGGUGAUAAAUGCUCUACUGACUGAAGACUGUCACUUUGAUGAUGCAUACCAGCUUUCAGCUGACAUCAAGAUGGUGAGAAGUGUGAUGGCCGAUACCUGUCACGAAUCUCCGAAGCCAAAGUGUGACUUGGAAGGUGCUGGAAAAUGUAUGGAGCUCUCGUUUCUUGAACACUUUGUAGCAAUGAAACUUGAUGAACAUGACAGGAUGCGUUUCUGCGGAACUACCUACAAAACUUUGCUUUGUGUCCGUUGGUUCACUGAAGAUUGUGAUGCAACCGUGUUCAAUGCGGCGAUGGCAUCAAUCAAUGAUAUGCUGAUGAAACUGAAGGCGCGCUGUGACCUUGGCAACCUUGGCAACUCGAAUGACUACUACAAAGACCUUGGUGAUUUGACUGCGGUGAUGCAGGAGAAAAUGACUGACAAAAUCAAUUUCCUCCAGUAUGGUUUUGGCGAUACCGUCUACAUGAUGGGAGAAGUUAUGAAGGCGAUGUAUACUCCCGCUGUUGGAUGUAAUAUAGGUUUAGCUUUCCGUAACUGUUUCACUGGAUUAGACAGUAUGGAUAAGAAAAGCGACGCCUAUUGUACUGGUGUGACUAUGGCUGCUGGUUGUGUAAGUUCACAAACCACACAAUGUCUCCUGAUCCAGAAAGCUCCUGCUAUGUAUGUUUUACAUAAUAUGGUGGAUUAUAGUUCUGACUCCUGCAGUGCUCGCCGAGUUAUUCAAGAGAUGUCUCAGGAUUACAUGACAGACCCAUACAGAGAUAUUGCUGUCUGUGUUGUCAAUUUCACAAGCGUAAUGCAUGAUAAUUAUGUUAACCUUCGUCCAGAAUCUAUUUAUAGUAUGUGCGAAGCUGCAUUCAUGAUGGACACCUGCAUCUACAACUCUCCUCUCCCUCGCGUUGGGAAAGUAUACCAAUCAAGUCUAGCCUCCUUCUCUCAUCAUUUGUUGGACCAAGCCUGCUCAGCAGUCCCAAAUAAACCUAUGAAAUGUGCAGAUGAUGACCUGCUCUGUCAAUUACUGAUGAGUAAUGCUACACAGUCGAUGGACUUCUCCUGGAUGUACACACCAGAGCCUUCCAGCUGUGACAUUGAGGGAGCAAGUCUUUGUAUCAGCAGCCAGAUCCUGCGGAUAAUGUCUGGCUCUUUCUCCAACAUGGACGAAUUUUCAAGCAUCUGCUGGGAACAACUGACAGUUGCAUCCUGUGUCGAGUCAAAAAUGCAAACCUGUUCUGCAGCAAGACGCGAGUUCUUUGCCGGCACUGUGGAAUGGUUACGGGAUUCAAUAGCUGUUGGGUGCGACAUGGUGACGGACUUGAGGUUACCUAACUGUUCCAUAGCUAAGGAAUGCAUUGAUGAUAUGGCCAGUUAUAGUGUUAGUCCUGAGGGUUACAUGAACAGGCCCAAGAUGUGCUGGAAACUGGAAAAGACUGUCAACUGUGUCUACCAACAUGCCAUCUUCUGCACUGCAUCAGAAAUGGCUGUGGUACAGGAAGGUAUUCAGCUGGUUGGAAAUCUUACCAAACAAUUCUGUCCUUAUUCAUCUGAUUCCCUCUGUGAGCUGAGCAUGAUGACACCUUAUAAUCCAGCUGCUACAUGUGCUGAAGCCAGUAUGAGGCAGUGUGUAUUCACCUUCUUCUACCAGACCAUGAACAAACAGCUGACUGAGGCUGAAUACUGCACGAAACAAAGAACUGCAGAGUCCUGUAUAAAGAACAACUCCACCAACUGUGCACCUUACAUGGUAUUGGAAAUGAAACAGGCAAUGAGACCUGGCAUUGCAGCAAGUGGAUUCUCCUGUCCAAGUAACCAUAUGGACUAUGAUGCUAUGUGUCCAGUGUAUGAUAACUGCUCAGUGUCGGAAUCUGUCCUCAAAAUCAACAGCAUGUAUGAAAAAGCUGUUCAGGGCAAGACGGAUGGAAAGAGUAAUAUUGAACUUUGCAGCUCUAUAGCAGUCGACAUGUCUGUUCUCACCUCAGAAUUAAUGGAAUGUAACCCGCUGGAGAUUGCCAUGGUCAACAAAGUACUUAGCAACAUUCAGCUGGCUCUCCAGUUUGUGUAUGGCUUGCAAUGUACAAGCCUUACGCCAUUCACCAGUGUCUUACAGUCUGACGACCCACUCUAUGGAGAAUUGGAAACCUGUUUUAACACAUUAUACACCAGUCUUCAAGAUUCCACGAUAAAUCCCGUUUAUGGGUUCUACGAUAUCUGUGAGACAGCUAUGGCUUUUAAUAGCUGUAUGUCCAUGUUGGGCAUGCCUGUAGACCGUCCCGUUGAAAGGGUGAUCCAUAAUGUGUUCAGGGGUCAUAUGAGAAACAUUCAGGAGUUCAUUACCAUGAGCUGCUUACCAAUCAAGAUUACAAAUCACACUGUGAAGCUCACAAAGACAGAUGUCGCCCCCACUUGUCAACAGGACACUGUCUUCCACUGCAUGGCAUACUAUGCCACAAAAGUAGCCUUCCUGCCUAUGCUGAAAGAAGGAGAUGCAUUAUCAGUUUGUGGUGAACAUCAAUACAUCCGUGAAUUGUGUGUUAUGAAUAAGAACUUACUUGAUGGCUGUUCGAAUGUGACUAUCAAGCAGAUACAUACAGUCCAGUACAUGUUUGAACAACUUGCUAUGAGCUCACCAGCCUGUUCCAUGAUGGUGUCCGAGGAUUGGCGAAGGAGUUCUGCUAGACUUAUGACAGGAGGUGACAUGAUAAAUAUGGAGGGUGCUGUAGAUAUCCUCCAAGAUCAAAUGGGAUCCUGGCAGGAUGCUGUAAUGGAUUUUGUCAAAACCAUGGCAAUGGAUGGCAGGAGAGAGGGGGAUAUGAGCAAUGACAGAGAGGAAAUGAGAGAUGACAGAGAGGAUAUGAGAGAUGAUAUGGAUGAUGACAAACACUGCUCACCUCGAGGAGCUACACAGUGUUUCCUCUCUUCAGCGUCGAACAUUGGACUUGAAGAUUGGCUUGCACAAAGUCACGAUAACUUAUGCCAUAAGAUGGGGGGCAUGUUUGGUUGCAUGAAGAAGGAGUUAGAAGGAUGUGAAGGCUGGCAAAAGAAGAUGGUCUACAUGUUAUACAAUGAAAUGUGGUAUAUGUACGACACCAUGUGUAUGAAAGAGCGUCCAGACGACAUGGAUAAGGAUGGACGUUAUGAUGAACAGCCAGUAAGUCGAUGGCUCGAUACAAACACAGAGCAAGCCAUGUAUGGAAGAGGGCCUGAGAUGGCAAAAGCCAUUGAACAAUUCAUGGAAAUGGGCGAUGACAAGGUAAUGGAAUGGGAUGAAGAGGAAUUGAAUAUGAUGACAGAAAUGGAGCCAGAAGAAGGAGUUGAUGUCAAUUGCAUUGACAUGUCAAUGUACAGGAGACAUGCAAAGUGUGACCCCAAAAAGGCAAUCAACAUUCUGACAGGGAUGGACCAGGCAAUUCUGAACACACAAGUGUCUCAUGCAGGACUGUGCCUCAAAUAUGCCUAUGCUGUGAGAGGCUACCUACUUACCACUGAAGGUUGUGACUGGCACUUAUCAUCAAUUUUCCAUAUGCUGGCCAAUCACACGAUGAUGAAGAUGGGCAAAAAGUGCCCAGCUUAUGUAGAAGAGCACUGCCGCGACAGACGCUCCUGUGAACCCAUGGCUGUCCAGAAAUGUUACCACAAAGUCCAGUUACAUGUAGCUGCCAUUAUGGAGGAUAAACUCCCAGCCAAUUUACAAGUUUGCGAACAACUUGGGGAAGCAGCUGAAUGUGUGGAUAAAUUACAUUGUGAUGACCGCACAAUUUACCGGGUACAUCAGACGAUGGAGCCCGCCUUAUCUACAUUAGUUAGGCUGUGUUACAAGAUGCCAGUUCAGACCUGCGCCACCAGCGCUAUGUGGAAAAUGGCUGCCAUUGUCUUACUUGGAAAGAGGACUUACGAAACCAGUUAUGCACUAAAUUGGAUGAAGAUGGACAUGUAUGAUGACAGCAUGAAUGACAUGGGUUCCAAAGAUAACAGUUCGAAGCCCGAUGAUGUUAUGAGUAGCCGUUGGUCUGAAGAGGAUAUGGCUAAGGCAUCAAUGACCCUCCAGUUUAUCCUUGGAAGAGGGGAUAUGUGUAGCGAAGACCAACAAGUCAAUGGAGAUCUGGCUACAGGGUUAAAAUACAUGGUAAGAUAUGCCUUCAUGUACGAACAGAUGGUCGAUGUAGAUGAAAACUUCAUGAACAUGAUGACAUUAGCUAUGGCUGGAGAAUUGAGAAAUGCUGCUGGAGACUUUGUUGGAGGUGACUACGGAACAAACAACCAGGAGAUGGGCGACCUUGUCAGAAUGAUUAAGGAGAGAUUGGAUAGAGGAGACAUGACCGCUGGACAAAAUGAUAUGACUAAGCCCAAUGUGACAAUGCCAGGGUCCAAUGACACUCGAACUCAAAAUGCAACCAUGAACAACUCUACCAGACCAGGCGAUAACAUGAGAAUGGACUGGAGGCUAAGAGAUAUGAUUGGUCGAAUAAUCAGCCACCUCAUUGUCUAUGGUAACAGCGAUACUUUUAUGCAGGUCGAAACACAUAAGGUUGUCAAAGCAAAAAUGUCAAAGGCUUUGGAAAAGGCAGAACUAAGGGGAAAUGACCUUGAACUUGCAGAACAAGAUGAAGAUGCCUUUGAGCGUCUGGGUUUGAGGUUGGGCAAGGAUCUGGAAAAUGCUGUCGAUUGGGAGAUGAUGAAUAUUCUGAAGUCAGUUUAUGAUGUUGCGAUGCUGGAAAGUUCCAACCUGACCAUGGAACACAAGAUGGAACUGCUAGAGAUGGCCCAGCACGUCCAUACGUACAGGAGGAAUGAGUUAUGUAUGUCCAUGGUUGGGGCCUGGCAGUGUACCUCCAGCACCCUCAUGCUGUUGCCGGAGUCUGUUCGCGGCAUCGUCAACCAGACACUCAACUCUCUCUAUAGCAUUACUGGACACUUCUGCGAACAGUUGAAAUGCUACAGUUGUGAUAAUUUCCAGGACAACGCAGCAUGUAACCAACAAGGAAUGGUAACAUGUAAAGCAGGAGAGGUAUGCUUUACACACGUUAAUGAUGGCAUGAUAAAGAAGGGAUGUGCUGCCCCGACUAUGGAAGACUGGAAUAAAGACAAGGAGAUGUACAGCAGCUGUAUGGGACGUGGUUGUAACCACCCUAAGUACGGAGCCUGGAAAGAAAUGGAAAAUGAAAUGUGCCAGCCAUUUAAAGCUGUUGGAUGUAUGUAUGAGCUGUUACCUACCUUGCUUCAGGGUCAAGAAGUCGACUUCAGAGAGAUGUACAAGACCUUCUACUGUAUGGAGUACUACACUUCUUCCUGUGUUAUGGAAGAGCACCGAGAGUUGAGCCGCAUGGCUCGAAAGGUCAAGGCUACAAUGCUUGAUGGACAAUGCUCUCAACCAGCUUUUGUAAACAACUGUGGCAUGUCGUCCAUUCUAGAACUUGCUGACCUUGUAAAAACUCCAGGAGCCAGCCGAAAAACAAUCUGCAACACUAUGAAUGACACUAUUGGUAUGGUCAUGCUUGCCACUACUUGGCACCAGUGUACAGAAUAUGAGAUAGUAAUGGCCUAUAAUCAGUUGGAUAUGAUCAGCUCUAUCGUCGGUCCAGACUUCUGUCCAGGAUUGGAUCCUCGUAAUCCACGAAUGUGCGAAGAAGAGCGUGCAAAAUUGCCACCCAUGUGUGAUGUAGAGCAUGCUGUUGGGACAUGUCUGUAUGAAGCUGACACUUUGAUGAAGAUGGUAGAAAUGGUCGGCGAUCCAGAAGAAUGGAAAGACAUGGACUACCUUUGCAGACGCUUAGAGAAUGUGCUGGAAUGUGUUGGAAACUAUUCAUCAAGCUGUGAUGCCUCCCAGAUGCAGUAUGUCCAUCGUGUAGUCGGUGAACGCUUUGCCACGGCCAUACCCUACUGUCCAUCAAUCAACAUGGAAUUUGCUAUGUGUGAUGAAACUCCAUUGUCCGAAUAUAAUUGUAGGAUCUAUGAAGGAAUUGAAACCUGCCUGAAUCCAACGGCAAUUUACGAAAAUCCCCUACUUGCUGUGCCAGUAAGUGUCCGUAGUGAAAUAGAAUUUGAUCAGAAUUCCAUGAAUGAGACCAUGCUCCAGGACACCAUGGGAUGUCUGCGAAAAUAUACACAAUACUGCAAGGCUGUCCAGGGUACUCCUGUAUCAUAUGUCAUCGUAAACUACAUGGCCCAAGCUAUGAUCCUCUGUGGAAACCACAGCAUGGCAAAGGACAUUUCACAGGGUAUUUUGAAUGUGGACCAGGCCAUUACUAUGGAAACCUUGGUACAUAAACUGAUGGCAAAGAGUUCGGGUGUAAUGUGGGGUAAUGAGAAUGCACCCAUCACUGAGCUUGUGAAUAUGGUACUUUCACUGAAGGACAGGAUCACAAUGACUGGCAAUAUCACGGAUAUGCUGAUGGCAUUGAUGGAGAGAAUGGACAAGAUGGAGGAUAGGAACAGUACUUCAGCUCAGAAUAAUAACCUGAGGGCCAUGAUGAAGGCAAGCAUGAAUCUGGCUAUGCAUGUUACUGGAAUGGAUAAGAAGCCAAUUUACAGCACUGACGAAACCGAAGGUGUGGCUCGCUGUAUCAAUGAAUAUUCUAUGGCGAUCCAGAGGCUUCUAAUGUACCCUCAGGUUUCUCACACCCUAGCCUGUGAGGGCAAGGUUGUAUUCCGUGAAUGUCUGAAGAAACUGGAGCUUACGCCAGUCUCUAAGAUGUAUGUAAUGAGCUUGGAAGCCAAGAUAGCUAUGGAAACUGAGAGAGACUGUGCUUACUACUUGGAUGAUGUGAUGCUUCUUGGUAUCGAUAUCCAUAAUGUGAUGGACAGAGUAAAGAUGGUCUUGAAUGCAACUGGGUCUUACAAUAAUGCAACAGCCGCUUUUAUUGCCCUCAGACGAAAUAGCACAAUUUUCCAAUAUGCUAACUUGACAAAGAUGGAGAGUGAUCUCAUCACAACCAUUAUUGAAAUAAUGGCUAACAUGACGUCCAAGAACAUGUCAAUAAAUGGUCUGGAAGAUUUGCCCAAGGAGGUCAUGAUGAACUUGGUGAAUGGUGUUGUGUGGCAGUUCCGGGAAACAGUGAAUGUGACUUCUAGUUGUAAUGUAUGGAUGAUUUCACAUCACAUUACAUUCGCCUACAUGCAGGUCCUAUCAGGAGCAUUUUUCCCGUACUCUCAGUAUCCAGCCAUGUGCAGUAACCUGCAAACAAUGUACGGGAUUUUGAAACCUGAGGUUAGUAAAUGCCCCAUGGAAUACCAGGAUAUGUACGCUAAAGCCCUCAACUUCCUUCAUAGCGAGACAAAGGCAGUAUGUGAGGAGCCUUUCAUUGAGUCCACACCACCAACCACAUGUAAUGCUGAUCUUGUCAACAGAUGCCUGAAGGAUGUCAUGCCUUAUCUGUCAUCUAUCGGAGCAGAACGUAAAAAGAUGUGCUUGGCUGUUGAACAAGCUUCCAUAUGUAUGUCGUAUGGCCUUCGGAACUGUGAUGAUAGCGAGUCAUUAGUUCCAUUCCUCGCCUUUGAACACAUCAAGUCGACAGUGUCGGAGAGCUGUCCCUAUCUCACCACUGCCAUGCAGUGCUAUGACAACACGGAUAUCCUAACUGGACAAGUGCAGAUUUGUAAUGUAACCAUGGCUAAAGACUACUGUGCUAGUCUAAUCACUGGCAAUACACCCCUGGACAAAUGCAGGAAACUUCCAGACAUGAUGAACUGCUUUUAUCGGUACACCUCCAGCUGCAGUGCUAUAGAAAUGCACGACGCAUAUACCUACUUAAACAUUAUCCUGGCGGAGGAUGUUGACAUCUGUUACAGCGAAAGUAUGGUAUACCAGUACAGUCAAGUGGUCGCCUCCAAUACUUGUUCACAGCCAGAAAAGUGUACGUUGGCAGAUGUGAGCCUCACAUGCGGACCAUUGAUCCCUGCAACCUUUUCAUCGUGCAGUGAACUUGACAGAUUUAAAUCCUGUCUUUCCGACAUGAUCAAAGGAUGUAGCACAAUGCAUCUAGCAGUUCUGCAUUCAGCAUUCACUGCUCUGCUGACUGAGUCCCAGUUGGCUUGUAUAGAUGUCCCCGCUCUCACUUCCAUGUAUGAUUACGAGAAGACUCUUGCCUCACCUGUCUUUGUAUGUAUCGACAACUACAACGGGGAGAUGGCUGCAGCAUUGAUGAAUACCACUGAUGCCCACCAAGCUAUAUGCUCAGCAUAUGGUAAUUUGGCUGGAUGCCUUAUUGGUGAUAGGCCGGAAGAAGAAGCAUUGUCCACCUUUGCCUUCUUUGGAACUUCUUUCAAUAUGACUUGGGAAAUUGUUAAAGAGACCUGUUGGCCGGAAGAUCAGAUGAGCAAUAUGGAUAGAAGCCGGAUGGGAGCCAUGUAUCAGUACAUGCCAGAAAGAAAUAUGGAUGAUAUGCAGAAAGACGGGCCAACGUGCGACAUGAAAAAUGCUGCCAAGUACCUGAGUUCAUACUCUGUAAUUGCAAUGUUCAGCAGUAUACUGUCAGCUGAUGAUAAGAAGGACUUCUGUAACCCGAAUGGUCAGAUGAACCUUAUGCUACAAAUGGUAUACCAGUCAGCAGAUAAUUGCUCUGAAUCCUCGAAAGGACCCCUUCAUGGUCUCGGCGCUGCCAUGCAAGCAGCCCAUGUUUUCUCUGGAGUUUGUUCUGAUGAACUAUGGACAUGUGACCCCACCAGUGCUCUUGACUGCGGACUUGAGGCUGGUCAUGAGAUCAUGGCCAACCAGUCCAUGGACAAACUGGAGGAAAACAUUUGCAAAGUCUAUGAUGUUGCAGAUGAAUGUAUAAAGCGUCACACUUUCGGGUGCCCAAUGGAAGUAAACUGGAGAAUCAUGGAGAAGUUGGAGAGCUCUUUCUGCAUAGGGUACAGCAUGGUCAAACACUGUUCAUCAGUUCGCAGGAAAAUGACCAGAGACAACACCAAGAUACCAAGUUGUGAUGCUGACAACUGGGACGAUAUGGAUGAUAAGGAUACUAUGCCCAGUAAGGACAACAGGACAACAACAGCAGUUACUGACAGAAAUACAACUAGGCCAAUGGACCAAAAGAUGAUGGACGAACAGAAAGUUUGUAACCUCAGCGCUACCUUCGAAUGUGUGGCCCAUGUCAUGAUGCACCUGUACAGCCCAAUGUUGGAUUGUAACAGUAUGCAUAAGGAGUACACUAAAGCCAUGCUGUGUGUCGAGAAGAUGGCCAGUGGGUGUGAUAGUUCUACCAUGAUACCUGUCGAAGCUGUAGUGCGGACGGCUGUGAAAAAGACGUACGAGUUGUGUCCCCAGGUUGUCAUAGUUCCAUGUUAUGAAUCGAAACACUGUCGUAUGGAUGAGGCAAGGCACUGCAUUGAUGUCUUGACCUACUUUUCUGAUAUGAAGGAGAUGCAGGAUCAACACAUCUGUCUGGCUCGCGAAAUGACUGAAAUUUGUCUGAAGGAAAAGCUACAGCACUGCUCUGUGUUCGGAAAGACAACAAUGAUGGAGGCUGUCAAACAUGCAACACCAAACCGACAUCUUGUUUGUGAAGGUGACCUUGCAGUCUGCAUUCAGAAGUUCUUUUACAACACCAUCGGUGUAAUCACUGGAGAUGUGAUGAUGGCUCAUAUGGCACGCAUCCGAGGCAAGAUCGCCAGCGAAGUGACCAGUCAUUUCAUGGACCACCCAUACAUGGUUGGACUAUCAGAAAUCAACAGGAGGGUCGAGAUGAAUUUAGCGAAUAUGUCCAGUGAAAUUAGGGAUGCACUAUCAGGUAAUGCCAACUCGUCAAUGAUGCCAAAUAUGGAUAUGGGGACAGCUGCCGAUAAUUAUCUCAUGGAUGGUAUGACCUACAUGUGGAAUAUGAUAACUGGAGGCAUGAACGAGGACUACCAAACCAACCACGCCAAGGCCAAGGUUCUACAAUGUGCAGCUAUUCGUGAAUCAUUUGAGUGCAUGGGUGCUGAAAUGCAUGCAGAAAGUUGGGGUUACCUGUCAACUGCACAGGCAACCUUUGUAGGACAAAACAUGUGGCAGGUGUACGAAAUCUCUAAGGUCAUGUGUCGGGAAGAUACAACCUGCGUUUUCUUGAAUGAGGCGGAGUCCUGCCAGGUACUUCCUGCUUUGUGGAUGACAAUGUCUGCUGUAGGACAGGUGAUGGAAACCAACAAUGCAGCGUUCUGCAGUCAUUUGCCAUACCUGAUGUCAAACAUCACUUCCCUGACUUCGAGCUGUUCAGAUGAAGUGGGUCAGCACUUCAAAGCCAUGUUGGAAUUCCAGAGGGAAGCCAGGGAGGCUAUCUGCCAGCUACCAUCUUCCUGCAAAGUGGACGAGGCUGUUCAAUGCCUGGGGACCCUUAACCAGGCCAACUUCUGCGCGGAGUAUGAGAAUGUUAAGGGUUGUAUGACCACUGCAUUGAAGGGUUGUUCCGUCCUCAUCCAGGCUAACUUGACUGGUGAACUGGCAAAGAUGGAGGGAUCCUAUGGCCAGUCUUGUGUAAAGAUGCCAAGUUUCAAUGUGACUGACCAAAGCCGUCCAAUCAGAGUAGAGGAAGGAAGCAUGAAUACGACAAACCUCUGGGUGAUGAUGAAUGAAGCACCAAACUGCGGAGCAGACUGCUACAUCAAGGUCCAAGUGACAUUAUCAGAAGAUGCUAGCUCUACUGCUAAAUGUGCUGAUAAUACUGCCAUUCCCCAAGUGUUGGUGGCCCAGGCUGAAGACGCUACUAGCACCAGCUGUAGUAUGACCUUCACAGAUGCCAACUAUCAAGCCCCUCAAGUGGUGCCCAUCAUUCCCAUCGCUGACCUUAUUCAGGAUGGCACACACUAUGUCACAGCUAAAUUGACUGCAUCCAAGUUUGUGAACGGAGUGGUUGUCAAACAAGCGCAGAUUGCAGAAUACCAGAUUGUUGUCUCCAACAACGACCAGUACAGUGCAUGUAUGGUCUCAGGGGAUUCUGUGCGAUCAUUUGAUGGAUUAAGCCACGGAAACUACUUCCAAGGGUUGUUUUUAAUGUACAAGCACAGCUCAUUGCCUCAGAAGGUAUAUGUGAUGAAGCAGAGGAGUCUGAAUAAGUUUGGAACAGAAACAUGUGCAGUGGUUGUCACAUCUGAGGAUGAUGUAUUCAUCCUUGACCGCUGCCGAGAUAAAAAUGGAAAUUACGCUAACACUCAGCAGCUGUACCAAACAGGAACUUUACAUACUGAUACAGAAGUUUACUUCAGGGGAAACAAAUACACGGUGAGAUUCCCGUCCGGUACUUCGGUGACCAUUCGUGACAGAACGACAUCUCUAGAAGUCCUCGUCCAUGCGUCACCAUUUGACAUGGGUCACACUGAAGGUUUAUGUGGUGUUUAUGAUGGUAUGACUGCCAAUGACUUGACCCUACCCAAUGGACGAGCUAUUGCUAUCCAAGAAUCUGUUACAAGUGUUCCAUUCGGAACAUCUGAAGCCUUUGACAGGCAAUGGAGUUCAACUACAGCUGAUAUUUUUGAGCCGACCUCACAAUUCCCAAUGUACAGCUUCUGUCCAUGUGCCACAAAUUCAGACUCAUGCAUCAGCCGAAACACCAUCGUGGAAACUUGUGCCUCUCCUUUAUCAGGUACUGACAUCACCCCAGCACUAAUCAGUGGUGCCGUCGUUGUUGUCAGUGGAUGUGAGAGGAAGAAGAGACAGGCAGGAGGAAUAUUUGAUGAUGUUGAGAUUGACCCAACAUACGACGACACCAUCACUGUUCCUACAUGGGACCCCCCAAGAAACAUCACAUUUGAUGUAGCCACAGCAUACUGCCAACAGGAAGUUGCCAAUGCGCAGGUUGUUAACCUUUGUCAGCAGAUUCCUGGGUUUGAAAUACCUGUAGACACAGCAGUUGGGGAGUGCAUGAACAAAAUCCUGACUACUGAUACCACAGUAGGUGCUACGUCCAUUCUUGCUGUGUAUGUUGGAGACUGCGAGUCUGAAGCCAGACUUCUGCUCAGUUCUGCAGACCCCGCAUUGGUACAACUCGCUGGAAGUAUCCUUAAUACUGUCUGUCCCAAUGACUGCAAUAAUCAUGGAAACUGUAAUGCAGGUGUUUGCCAGUGUUACCAGAACUGGCUUGGCGAUGACUGUUCUAUAGAUGAGAACCAACCUCCUGUUGUUUCGAGUGUGGAGAAUAAUGGGUUAUGUCCCCUUGGAAGCUCUGACUGUGCUGUGAUCACUGUUCUUGGUAACAACUUCAGCAACCAGAAACAGGAGUCUUGCCACUUCCAGGCUCUCAAUGUUGAUCAGACAGUAAGUGUCGUACCAGGAAGUUCUCAAGUGGUCGCUGCAGAGUUUGUUACAUCAUCCCAGAUCAACUGUCCCGUACCAGCAAGCAUGAUGUCCGGUCUCAAGUGGGCCGUACAGGUGGCGGUCAGUAACGAUGGCAUAAACCCGAGUCCCUACUACACUGUGGUCGCCUUCGACAGUGCCUGUUACAGCUGUACCUCUACUGGCUGUCAAACUACUACUACUGGUUGUGUGAUCGAUGAUGUAUGCUAUGAAUCCUACACUAACAAGCCUGGUGAUGUUUGCCACUACUGUGACGCCAGUCUCAACAACAUGGAUUGGACAAUGAAAAUCGCUCCACCAACUUGCGAGUUGCCUGCUACAGCAGCCCCACCAACUGUAGUGACCCCAAGUCCUUCACCAACCACUACCACACCAACCACUCCAAGCCCAACCACUCCAAGCCCGACAACUCCACGCCCUACAACUCCACGCCCGACAACACCAGCCCCACUGCCUAAGACAACGACAGAGGGACCAGUGCUCAGUCAGGAGGCCCAGUUGAUUGUGGUCGUGUUGGGUGUUGUUGCUGGCUUAUUCGCUGUCUUGGCAUGCAUUCUGGCUGUCAAAUAUUGUCAGCGACAACCGUCAGAAAAGAAACGCAACUCAUAUUUACCAGAUGACAAAAGUUAUUCUACAGUAACCAGAUCCAGUAUAGAGGAAGAAAAGCAGGCUUACCCAAACCCUGCUUACGAUGCAAAGCCCACAUCAGUGGACCCUCACACCUCAUACCUGCACGGGGCUGUAGCCCCACGCUCUGAUUUAACAGAGGGUUCAGUUGACCCUACUCAACUUAAUGAAAAACAGGCAGAAACACCUGAAACUGUCUAUCCUACUCUUUACUAAUAUGGGAAAAUAACCAACACCACACUGGUUAAUCAAGGGCAAUUACUCAACUAGGAUAUAGCAUUCAUGCAAAAAAAUAUAUAAUCCCUGCAAAAAACAACUUAUUUUUUACGCAAGGUUCUGUUUGCUGAGCUGAUGAGAAGAUAGCCCAUUGGAUUCUGAUAAAUAUAUCUUUAUAAAUAUAAAUAUGAGAUCAUUGUUUUAUUCAAUGAUUGCAAAAUAAAGAUUACAACAGGAAUUUAUCAAUUUUUUCACUGAGUGAAGAGGUUAUCUCCCUUAGUUCAGCAAAAAAAAACCACCAAAAAACAGGGAACAUUUUUCCAUAACUGACAGUUAUAAGCAUGCACAUAUAUAUAUUUUUGUAUUGGUUAUGUGGUACUAGAUAGGAUACUUUUUUGUAUUAAGACUUCAUUUUUAAAUAUUUCAAUUGUACAUUUCAUUUUUAAAUAUAUUAAUCAGAAAAUGUUUUUGCUUUUAAAAUAUCCACUUUUUUUUGGAUACCACCAACUAUUUCCAAAGAUGUGAGUUUUAGGGAAAUUCUGUUAUUUACAUUAUUUUUACCUCAAUUAUUUCUGUUUUUACUGGUGCAUUAAAGACUUAUUUUAAAAUGUUGUUUCCCUUUUCAAUGUCAUUUCCCAUUUUUUUUCCCUUAUUUAUGUUAAUGUAAUUAAAAACAAAGUGAAGCUAGUUGAAAGAUUUCUAUGAUUUUUUAAAUGAUUUUGUUUUUUUAUUCUGUAUUUUGAUAUUUUUUUUAUUCAUAAUUAAAAAGCUUUUUUUUUUUUUUUUAUAUAGAUUUGUGGCAGUGGCAUACUUUUGUGUAUAUGUAAUAUUAACAGAGCAUGUGUGACCUACCUUGUUGUAUCUAACAAUCUUGUGAUAACAAUUUUGCACUUUGAUGUAAAGACAUUUUAAGAUUCAAUAUCAGCAUUAUUUGUGAUAUAUCCAAGCCUGUGUUUGAUUUUAAUUUUAAUAUGUGUAAAAAUACAAGAAAUGCUUUAAUAAUAUUUUUUUUAAGUAAAUAUUGUUUAAGAUUUAAUUUUUCUGUUGAUGUUUAUAGCAUUAUUAUAAAUGUUUUGUUUUCAUCAGGGAAUCUAUGAGCGGCAGUCCUAGAAAUGACUACUCAUCCGGACCUGGUAGCAUUGAAGAUCGUUCCAGAGAAUUUGACAAUUUAGCAUAUGACAAUUUUGAUAAGAAAGGGGGAAUGAGUGGUGUGUCCACUUUCACUCCUCCGCCCCAUGAGGCGGCUCAGCCAUACCCCUCACAAAAUGUGGUAGAUAUGUCGGCCAUGGAGCACGACCCCCAUACUAAACUUUAGGAGAAAUUGUGUCCGAUAUUAUAAUGAUAUUCCAUGUAGGUUACUGUAUGACUGAACUCAGAGGACCAGAUAUGUAGUGCUAUAUGUAUAUUAGUGGGAGUGCGAGAUGAUUGUGUCAGCUUAAUAAGGGUAAAGUUUUCAGAUUUACUGAUAUUCAUGGACUCCGUAUUUUUUCUCUCAAAACAAUGACAGGUUAAUGAAUUAAAGCAGAAAAGCCUAAGUGGUGUUUAUAUUUGAGGCUAUUUGAAAAAUUCUUACAUAUUACAAUUCAAUUUAUGUAAGCAUUAUGAAAUUAUUGAUAUUUGUUUUUCAAAAAGAAAAAAAAAGAAAAAAGUAAAUAAAAAUUUAUAAGAAUAAAUAAAUAAAUAAAUAGAAAUUCCAGGUUUUGGAAACAAUUUUAUAGUAAAUAUCCAUUUCAAAAUUUCAGUUAAAGUAAUACUGAGGAGCCCAUUAUAAUUUGCUAUAGUGUGGAUAUCAUUACACAUACUCUAUCUUACAUUUUGACAGUCUGUUAUUAUACAUGUAUAUGCUGUACAUCUAUAUGUAAUUACCUGUAUAUAUUUGUAAAAUCUACUGAUAUCAAAAUAAAAAUGAUCUGUGUACAGAAUGUCCAAAUAUAUAUAUAGCAGAUUGGUCUGUAUUAAUACCACCUGUGUUAGAGACUAGGAAGUAUGGCUAUCGCGCUGAAAUACACUUUUGUGUUGCUUGCCUUUUACACCUUUCAAAUGAAUACCAACAUUUUGAAAUUGAGUGAACUGGGAUGUUAUUUUUAGGAAAUAGAUAUACUGGUUAGUCUUUUCUUUAUCAGUAAUAUGUACAAAAUUGUAAUAUAUACAGGAACUGCUGCAAGGAAAUAUACAGAAUUUGUUUUUUUACUACAAAAUGAUAAUUGUCUUGAAACUAUGCAUUUAAACUACCCUGAAAGUUAAUAAAAAUAAGAAAUUUGAAAUAGAAAAAGAUAAUAUUUGUAAUAUAUGGGGGUUGACAAUCAUUGUGAAGGACAUUUGCUGUAUCUCAUUUAUUGUAAUCAAUAUACAUGUUUCUCAAUAGUUUUAUAUAUACACUAUACUUCUAGUUUACAUUGUAUUGCUGUAUUCAUUAUACAUAUUAUACAGAAGAGUUUUUUAAUAUUCUGUUUCUCAUCUACUUGGUUUUUAUACCGAUAUAUAUAUGUUAUCAUCUCUGAUUUUUGUGUACAUUGAUUAUAACUGAAAGAAUUAUAAUAUGUUUCCUUCUACAAGUGCUCAGAUGUCUUAAAAACCAAAACAAAACCAAAAACUAAGAAUUUAUUGCAAGGUAUUGUAUUCGAUGACCAAAUUUCUUGCAACUUUGUGAAUGUAUUCUUUUUGAGACUUGAUCAAAAUUUACUGAACAGAUUUUGUUAAAAACAAAUUUAAAAAAAAAUUCGUUUCAAAAUUGCCAAGUUUGCAAAUGAGAACAAUUUCAUCUUUAUACAUUUCAACAACAAUACCAUUUUUGGGUUAGAAUCACUAAAAAUAAAACGAAAUUAUUUAAAUUAUAAUGUAAAGACUCUUCGAAAAUUGUGUCCAAAUCUGUUGUCAUGUUUGUUUAUUUCAGGAAAUUUGAAUUUAUGCAUAAUAUAGUGUCUAAAGCAUAAUAUCUAGCGAGUCUAGUUAUGACCUGUUGUAUAAUCCAACAUUUUUUGUACCUUCAUCUAUUUUUAUACCUUCUGCAAUAUACAUAAACCCGACAUUGAAUGUCAUUAUCUGUCCAUAUUUUAGUGGAUUUUUUGUAACAAAAGAAAAUAUCAUAUUUCAGUGACUAUCGUUUUGUCAUUUUCUAUCCAAAAUUAUUGAAAAAUAUUUUUUUAAUAAACGCAUCUUCCAUAGCAA